UUGACGUGUCGCUGACUUGUUCGCUUACAGAAGUUUACGUUAGCGAUUUGAGGUCUUUAUUAUAAUAUUGUGACACAUGUUGCAUUAUUUUGUAUUAGUAUUAACCCAAUACAAAAUGUCUGACACACUUAAAAACGAAGAGAAGUUUGGAGCAGUUUUAUUUCAGGUUCAAGAGGAUUUGAGACAACUCAAAUGUACUCUUGAGAGUGUCAAUGAGAUGGGGACAACACUGGACAUUCAAGCCUUGGACGCCGCCAUUGGCAAGACAGAGAGAAGCAUCAGGAAGCAUGCAGAUGAUUAUCUGAAAAAAGUGACAAAGCAGCUGUUGGUCCUCCCAAGAAUUGUAGACUUGCAAAAGAAGAAACAGAUUCCCACAUGGAAACCUUCCCUGGAGAGUAUCCAAGAUGUGCGUCCACAAAGGGAAGACAUUCCACCUGGGGAAAAGCACAAGUUCGCGUUAACCAAGCGUGUGUUGAGUAAUCCUGCUCAUCCAAACAACAGAGCUAUGAUGUACCAGAAAUUUGGGAUAUCACUCCCUGAUGUCCACAAGAGGAGGACACAUAUAGCAAAACAUCCCAGAAUAGUCCCCGGCCAUGUGGCGGGUCUUCCAGUCACAAAGGGCCGUAAUAGCUUGGUAAUACCUGAAGAAACCACGGGGAAAGUGACAAGUUUGCUUCAAAUGUCAAUCCAGCACAAGGCCGCCUGUCUUCACUCCAGAGAGGAUUCAUGUUCCUCUACGACAGGUCUGAUGAGCUUGAAGUCCAGGUGUCCCAAGCAGCUGAAGUGGGAAACAGAACCUGGAUCCAUCUGCGAAAGAACAGGCGAGGAAUGCACACCCGUCUGGACCACCAAGGCUCCGCCAACGACACCAAACAGUCUUAUCCCUAAAAACCCUCAUAUUCUACCUGAGCAAGUUCCAGUAAAUAUCAGCAAAUACGACUUUACCAUCUUAAUGGGACGGACCAACCCAAUGGCGACAGAUUUCUGUCACUUCAAGCAGUGCUUCAGCUUGUGCUGGAGCAGUGUGGUAGAUGCUCUGGAGGCCCUGGAAAAGCUGCUCAGGGACUUCGCUGUGCCUCUAGCCAAGGUGAACGGGGAACGGCUAGUAGAGUUAAGCCAUGUUUGGGAAAGUGGUUGGUUAAAAGCUCCUCCGGUGACCGGCUUCCUCUCAGUGCUUGAAAACCGGGAGGAGGUAUUGAGUCUGGUCUUACGCCCGGGUCAGCGCUUCAAGGGAGAGGGAGGCAUUGAAGCAGCUGCCAUCCACAUCCAGUCCUUCUGGAGGCGCUGCUUAGCCCGGACAGCCUACCUGCGCCACUGCCAGCGCAAGUGGGCGGUUGGCACCAUCGCUGUCUCAUGGUUGAUGCACACUCAGAUGCGUCACGUCGGGAAGGCCCUGCAGGCCCGGCGUUUCAGACAACUGGAGAAUUUCCGCAGCAGAGCGCAGCAUCUGGCAGCCAACUGGAAACACAUCCAGUCCUCCAAGAGGACCAUUAUCCACAUCCCUUCAUUAGGAUACUCUCAGAGCCGGCGUAUGAACUUGAGGAGAUAUGAUAUCCUACAGAAUAUCCAAAUAAGCAGACUGUGUGAUAUCAGAGAUGAACAUGUGGAGGUGAUCUACGUAUGUCCCCGACAUCUCGGAGAGGACAUUGUGCACUAUUACACCAGCCUCCUGAAGUGCGACUCCUCGGUCAGACGCUUCGUCAUCCUCACGCCUGAGGCUAUAGAUUAUUUCCCUACCCAUAACAUGUGCCUAUCCACGCUGCUAAAGUACAGUCCCCUCACCCUGAAGCGCAUCAAGCACCUGAUCCAGGGGAAGCAGGCCUACAUUGUGGCCGGGGUGGCCCAUGUGGAUGACCUGGCAGUGGCUGAUGAUCUAGGAGUGCCCAUCCUGGCUCCAGAACCGGCUAUUGCACAGCUCUACAGCACAAAAUCUGGAGGGAGGAGGAUCUUCACUGGGGCAGAGGUGGACGUACCCCCUGGUCAAGGAGACAUCUACACACAAAACCAGCUUCAUGGAACACUGGCUCGACUCAUGACUCAAAAUAUUCAUGUGCAGCGCUGGCUCUUCAAGAUGGACUCUGAGCAUGGAGGCCGCGGCACAGCAUACUGUGACACGUGCCAUCUCAGCUGCUAUAACUGGGCUCUGCAGGAACGCCAUCGUUGCGGUCCUGAGCUACAGAACACAGAAUGGAUUCAGGAGUCUGUACUGCUGAGAUAUUUAGAUGAAGUCCCAGGGUGGCUUGCUCGUUACGCCCAGCCUGCUAACACCUCCUGCUAUCCCGACUGGGCCUGCUUCCUGAAGACAUUCCUCAGACAAGGCGGUGUGGUGGAGGCCUACCCCCCUUCAGAAAGUGUCACCUGCCUGACAGUGGAUCUGCUGCUGGAGCCCGGGGGUGAGGUGACCAUGCUGUCCUGUGGAGACCAGCUUCAGGGCUCCUGUCAACUGGAAGCUCUGGGCUCCACUGUUCCUCAGACCUCUGUACACCAAGAGACCUUGCAAUCCAUCUGCAUGCGUGUGGGCCAAGCCUGUCUACAGCGCCUUAUCGUGGGUUAUGUCUCCGUGGACCUGGCUACCUUUCUGAACCGCGACACCAUGGAGCAAAAGGUGUGGGCUAUUGAUCUGGACCUCACAUACAGUGACCAGCUGGCCAUGACCCAGAUGCUUCUGAUGAUGACUGGAGGAACCCUGAAUUGCCGCACAGGCUGUUUAGAAGUACCAAUGCCAAUCCAAGACAAAUGCAGUGAAGAUCCGAUUGCAGCCAAACCUCCUGUGGUUAAUCGUUAUGCAGUUAUUGGAAGCCACUUGUUUCACUCAAACCUUUCCAUGUUGUACCAUAAUGUGUUCUUCAUGGUGUGCAAGGCUCAUGGCAUAGGAUUUAACAUGAAGAGGAAGCAAGGAACAGUUUUUGCUCUCUACGAUAGCAGUGACCGCUGCACCGUUGGAAUGAUAACCGUCUCUGAAGAUCUCCAGGGAGCACUGGUGACCUUUGCCCGGAAUCUGUCAGUCAUUCAUCAGGAAAUAUCGCCCUUUAAAAUGCAAGGAGAAACCAAUUUUAAGGAGCUGAUCAAGAACAUAGAAGCUGUACUGCAGAUGACUGUAAAGAAGAAGGUGCGAUCUGUGGAGGAUAAGCCAGUUGCAUAAGACAGCCGUGAAUAUGGAAAUCCUUGAAUUAAACAUUGAUCAAACAUUCAGACAGCUGAAUAAAUUCCUGAAAAAACAUUAUCAGAAUCUGCACGAACAGUUCACUUUAUCUGUUUCCGUCUGCUCCUUCACAAUAAAAGCCCCGCACCGGAACACUGGUGAACUAAUAUCGUACAUUAGGUUGUUCAGCUGUAGUAAGACGGCAUUGCAGGCCUAGCUAGAAAAUGCACGGCCCUGCACUGCAUAAACCUUAUAAUAAAUGGUUUUGUAAUGUGUUUUAACGGCUUGAAUGUAGUUAAAUAUUGGAAAAGCUUAUGAAGAAGUACAGUUAACCAUGCACAAUAUAUUCCACUGGUUAUUGAGUCGUCUUCACUCAUUCAUUCAUUAAGCAUUCAUUUAUUCAAAUUAUAUAAAGCGAUUUUAUGUUGUCUUGGAAAUUGCAGAUUAAUGAGUAAACUAGUGUAUCAUCAAAUUAGUAUAGUGUUUAUGCACUGCACAUAGUUUGUAUGUUGAGUAUUUGUACAUGCUGUAUUCUCCCUUCAAGAGGAACAAAUGCGCGGCGCUGCGUGUGCAAACCGGAAGCUUUAGCGGGAACACCAGGUCAGAGCAGCCGCACUCUGCCAAGAAGCGCUCCUCGCGUCUCGCGCAGCUUGUGAGGACAAAGCGCGUGAGCUGCGCGCGUGGAUGCGGACGCGUCGCUCUGUGUCGAUGUCUUUAGCAGAAGGACGUCGUUUGGUUUACAAGCGGGGACUCACUUCCGGUCACGUUCGUUGUCCUUGUCAAGUGUGCCCUUCUCCCCACUGUUACGGACGUUUCUAGACGUCAUGUUGUUGUACACCAGCUGAUUUGUCGGUAGAUGUCAUCGAUAGCUAGUCGUAGCUCUCUGGUUGUUAGUAGUGUGCAUGCAGUCCAGGUGAUUACAAUAAAUACAUUUUAAAAAACA